GGCUGCGUGCUUCAGUACUCGGAAUCGACGUCGUCGGUACUCGUUGUAACUGUCAUUGAACUGACGGCAGUACAUGCUGACCAUACGUUGUGCAGUAGUCGUUCCCACGUCCUCAUUGGUAGGGCACGUUGUCAGUGGUGGUUACAUACGACGACGCACCCGCGCGUCCGAUGCGAUGUAAUCGGCACGCGCCUGUUAUGCGCUAUCGAGCCUGGACGCUUCUGCUUGCCGUAUUCUUGUGGUCGACCGUUUGCGCGGCAAGCCUACAACAGGCAACCACCGUGGUCGGCGAUGAGGACGAUGUUCCUGUAGCAUCCGUGUCCGUGGUCCAUAAAUGCUGCGGUCGAGACGCGUUGACUGGCUAUGGGCCGUGGACACCGGAAUUUACCUUAGAAGACGGUGAAGAUGGACAGCAAAAGAAGUUACCUGCUUUAUCGGUACCGUACAAAUUAGUCACUGGAUUUCCCAACUGUAAAAAUCGACAACAGUGGUUAGUAUAUCAUUAUAAAGGAUCUGGUGAUCGUCUAUCGCUAUUUCCAAGUGGUAAAUUAAGACAUUAUGUACUUAAACAUCAACAUGGUCAUCAAAAAGAUCAGCCACAAGAUUUUGUUGUGGAACACGAGCGGUCUUUCGAUUACGAACAAGGAUUUUACUGUUUAGACAAGGUUAUUGACAUUGAUAGGCCUGAUUUGAACGCUCAAGUGGCAGUGAUAUGUACACCACAAAUACCUUCUCCGUGGACAGACACCGACUUUGUCAUGCGGAGAGUUGCCAACCCGGCCUGCCAUUCCGUUGCCGUAAUUUGCUUGUUAUUGGUGGCCAUCGUCCAUUUUGUCUUGCCACAACUCAGAGAUUUGAUUGGCAAUAUGGUCACAACGUUGGCCUGUUUGAUGAUCGUAGCUGAGGUGGCAGAUAUUGUUCGCAUCUUCGUCGAAUAUAACAGUCCAAUAAGUUAUCUAAUAGCAGAUUCUUUUCUCUACAUCUCCACGUUGGGCUCGUUUUUUUGGCUGAAUGCAAUGGGCUAUUAUAUUUGGAAAACGUUCAGAUCUCGUAACGUAUUCUUGCGAAUUACGGAUGGUCGCAAAUACUGUUAUUACUCGUUGUACGUGUGGGGGUGUACACUAGCUAUGGGUGGCAUGGCGCUUUUUGCUCAUCUCAUACUCGAUACGUCGCGCCAAUCUAACCCACAUAUCAAUUAUCAGUCUAAAUUUACAUCAUCUUCUAUUGCAACAGAUGGAGCUAUUGGUGAAUAUCUUUGCGUUGUUAAUGCUUAUAGGUGGCUCGGCAUAGCAGUUAUUUUUGUUCCGGCAGUGUGUACUGUUCUAGUCAAUUUGUUUUUUUAUUCUUCUACCAAAUCGGUCAUUAAACGAAUGUCCACCUAUGGACAAAUUCAUCAUAAAAUGAAAUACAGUUUUGACAUGUUUUCAAAGCUGUUUGGAAUCAUGGUAGUAAAUUUAAUGCUGUUUGUUCUAUCGUGGACGCCUCAUGAUGCUUUUUUCUAUGUAUAUGUGGUGGCCAAUCCAAUACUAUCAAUUUUUGUACUAUAUGUAACGGUUAUACGACCAAAACGAGUUAAAUUCCUGUUACGAAAAGCAUGCUGUUUUGACCGAUGCCUGUUUCCAUGUUGCCGACCAAAAGAAACUGAUAUCCAAGCAGGCACAGAAUGGGGCGAAGAAAUGAUGGCGUUUAAUACAGCGGAUUAUUAAUAUGUUGUAUGAUAGAAGAAGAAUAAUAACGUUAAUGCUCAUUCUGAUUUUAUAUUUUUUUAGAAACUAAUCAUUUUAUUUUAUUUGUUUAAUUGAUAAAAUAUCAUGUUAUCAAAAUAUAGUGACUGACAUUGAGCUUAAUAGUGUAAAUUAAAAAUAUUUAAAUUUUAUUUAACUUAACAUUGAAUACUUUUCUAUUUAUGAUAUUAUACAAUAAAAUAAGUAUUAUUCAAUUGUGAAA